GAACUUGAGGCAGUUACGCUCUGACAAUUCAAACGUUCGUUUAUGCAUGACAGGGAUUUCGACAAAACCCUCAGGUUAUAUUCAAAAACCAGGCGGCCCUGUGGCCCCAAAACCAAUCUUUAAAAAAUCAGUGUACACAAGACCUGCUUCUUACUCGCAGCGGAAUUAAUUUAAUUGUCCUGGAAGAGAAAUAUAGGACAUAACUUCUAUUUUUAAAGUUAGAAUUCCUUGAUAAUUUUGGGUUGUGACAGCAUAAAAUAUGCAUUCUUUUUUUUAAUCUGAGGAUUUUUUUCCUUAUGAAAAAUGGUUUUCAUGCAUGCAAUCUGCCAGCCGUCCGUCUUAUACUAUACGUGCAUCAUAUCCAAAUCAGAAUGGAAUAAUGCACGCAACGUGGCUGUACAGUUUAGAGGUCAAAUGUAUUUUACAGAUGAAGCGCUCGUAUCUAUAUAUGAACUUGUGCGUUAACCGCUUAUACAACGCACUCCAUCGCGGUUGUUAAAAAUGUAGAAAACGAAGAAGCUCACUUGUGCAGCUACUCUGUACAUCACCGGAUAAAACAAAGGGUCUUUACCAGUCUCCAGAGGACUACUCCGAUGGUCCACGCUUUGCUUGUCACUUUGUUUUUAUCCCGGAUAUCUCGUGCCCUUCGCUUGCGCUCAAAGUACCUCUGAAACCUUAUAUUUUCCGUUAACUCCGUGGAUGCCCUGAGCUUUGUGCUAUGUAAAUGAGUUAGGACAAGGUGAUUAGGAAAUCCCACCUGCGUUCCAAUAAUUUCGGUUUCAUCUUUUUUGCCGUAAUAUUACUCCUUGCAUUUAUUUAGCCUAAUCAUUAGCCUACAUGUAAUUCGGCACGUUAUAUUAACAAUAUCCCGCGUGCUGCUAUUUUAUGUGUAGUAUAGGUUUUUAGCUUUUUCAUAGCUUUUAAGUUAUCCGUCGUUUUUUUCCCACUCGAGCUUCAGAGUAGUUCAACUAUGUUAUAUUAAUAACGGCAUUUGAAAUAGCCCUCAAGGUUAAGUACAUGGAAUUUUCAACUUUAACCAUAAAUCGGGUAUAGCCUACCUCUGAUCAGGAAAGAACGCAACUAAUUAAAAAAAACAGUUAUUUUAGCAAAAGUUUAAAUUAACUGUUGUGGUUUAAUCAUUAAAAAACGUACAAUAUAAACUAUCUUUGUAAGUUAUAUGCGUAAAUAUUCGAAAGAUAUAUUUUAUUUCAUGUUUUAACGAUUUGUUUAUUUAUUUAGAUGAAAUCAAAAGCAGCCAAUUGAAACGGCCGGAAGGGGGCCCGUGGGCUCCGAACUGCCAAUCGCGCCGCGGGUAGCCAAUGAACUGUAGUCUUGCAUACGACUUCCUUUUAUUUGGGGGGAAGAUGUAGACGGUGUGCGCACGCUUGGCAUAGCGUAAACACUCAUGUGUCUCCGAGCUCGGAGGGAGGGACGAAGAGAGAGCUGUCAGAGAGAGAGAGAGAGAAAGAGAGAGAGAGGGGGGUGAGAGAGCGAGCCAGCAAAUGAGAGGGACCCUGCAACCGACUACAGCACAUUGUACUGCCGGAUUGCACUUCGAGUUCCCGUUAAUGCUUUUGCAUGUUGAAAUAUAAACACGAUGUUUUUUUGCGUGUAGACGUGUAUAAAGAAUACAACUAAAUGAAAAAGAAUCACGGGGGGAUCUCGGCGUCUCCGUCAGAAAAAAACGCAAGGAUCAGUCUCUGAUGGUUUCCUACUUAAGAAGAGGGAAUUUUAAAACGUCUGGUUUUUCAAAGGAAACUGGAGAAAUCUCCUGCAGUACUUUAAGUUUGAAUGGACAAACUUUUUUAACGUAACUUUUUUACUUUUCAAUUACAACAACAAAAACUUUCCUGAAGGACUUUGCAGAGUUUUGAAGGGCUUUUAUGUGCUGACUGGAUUUCCCAUUUUACAGUUUGUUAUGCCAUAUAUAUUUUUUUUCUUUUUGCGUUAUAAAUACAUAAAUAUUGUCAAUGUAUAAAUAACGGAUCCUGCGGAUUAACAGGAACUUUGCUUGUCUUCUUUUUGUCUUUUGAUUGAGUCAAUGGUGUACAGCAAGACUACCUAGACUUUUAAACCUUGAAUAAUUCAUGGAAUUGAAUUUGCGUGAUUAAAAAAAAAAAAAAAGGUUAGAUAAAAAGAAGGAGGCAUAUUCGACAGACACAGUCAUAAGGGUUAAAGGGAUGGCCACUGCGGCUUCCAAUCCCUAUCUCCCCGGCAAUAGCAUCCUGUCAUCCGGCUCCAUCGUGCAUUCAGACUCUGGAGCCAGUGGCAUGCAGCCUGGCAGUGCUGCAGUUACAUCGGUGUCUGGCGGCUACAGAGGAGAUCCCACGGUAAAGAUGGUACAGAGCGACUUCAUGCAGGGAGCCAUGGCGACGAGCAACGGGGGUCAUAUGUUGAGCCAUGCUCACCAGUGGGUUACCUCCCUGCCUCACGCCGCGGCCGCUGCGGCUGCAGCCGCAGUGGCAGCGGCAGAAGCGGGAUCGCCUUGGUCGUCCAGCCCCGUUGGGAUGACAGGCAGCCCCCAGCAGCAAGACGUCAAAAACAAUUCAGGUAGAGACGAUCUACAUACUGGUACAACGUUGCAUCACCGGCCCCCACAUCUGGGUCCUCACCAGUCUCACCCGGGGGCUUGGGGUGGAACCACCGCGGCUCACAUACCUUCGAUAGCCGCUGGACAGCAGCAGCAGUCGCUAAUUUACUCCCAGCCAGGAGGAUUUACGGUGAACGGGAUGUUGAACCCGCCCGGUAGCCAGAGUUUGGUGCACCCCGGUUUGGUUCGCGGAGACACCCCUGAGCUUGAUCACGGAAACCACCACCACCACCAUCACCACCAGCAUCAGCACCACCAGCAGCAGCACCACGGCGCGACGAACAGCCACGAGCCGCACUCAGACGAGGACACGCCGACAUCGGACGACCUGGAACAGUUCGCCAAGCAGUUCAAGCAACGCCGGAUCAAACUGGGCUUCACGCAAGCUGACGUCGGCUUAGCUUUAGGCACCCUCUACGGGAAUGUCUUUUCGCAGACCACAAUAUGUCGGUUCGAGGCACUCCAGCUAAGCUUCAAAAACAUGUGCAAGUUGAAACCGUUGUUAAACAAAUGGCUGGAAGAAGCAGACUCGUCCACCGGGAGCCCCACCAGCAUCGACAAGAUCGCAGCGCAGGGAAGGAAACGGAAGAAGCGUACCUCUAUAGAAGUCAGCGUAAAAGGCGCUUUGGAGAGUCACUUCUUGAAAUGUCCUAAGCCAUCGGCACAAGAGAUUACAUCUCUAGCGGACAGCUUGCAGCUGGAGAAAGAAGUAGUAAGAGUCUGGUUUUGCAAUCGGAGACAGAAAGAAAAAAGAAUGACGCCCCCGGGAGUGCCACAGACGCCGGAGGAUGUGUACUCUCAGGUCGGCAAUGGACAUUUUUUAGUAGAUUACUUAAAAGAUGCAAGUUUAACUGGGCCGAGUGAAACAAGCGACCAGAGGGUGACAACUACAAGUUCGUUCCAUCAGCAGAACCGAACGCGCAUUCGAGAAAAAACACUCAUUUUUGAAAGCUAACGAAGGAAGAGAAUGACGAGGCACCGUGACGACGGGAUCCGCGGACCUUCGACCGUACGUUGCAUAAAGGAGAGGAUUGUUUAAUAAUAGAGCUAAAACGGAUUGGAGGAUUUGCCCUUUUCCUGUCACCAUCUUAUAAAUAGGAAAAAAUGACAUAAAUACUGUUCGCCCCUCUGAUCUUAAAGAUCCAAUUCUUUGAAAUUUGCAUUUUGGACCGACUCACGUAAACAUUUUGUUUAUGAAUAAAAUGUUACAUAAGUAAAUAUUUAAAAAGACUUGUCUUCAGCUGCACUUACGUCACAUUCUUCUCUCCGAAAAUCUGUUGCCAAGUGUGACUGAAUGGGAUCCCUGGAUGAAACUUACCGCGCUGCCAUUUCAUAGCAGCGUCGUUUGGUAGGUUUGUAAUAAUAAUAAUAAUAAAAAAGACUCUGCAAAGCUGGCAAUAUAUAUUCAUUGGAUCAGUUACUGAUCGGAAUGAUUUACUUUAUUUUUUUUUCGUUCAAAUGAUUGUUUUAUUAUUUUAUUUGGAAUAACUAUGGACUCUUGCAAACGAUAAUUUAUUUUUCCCCGUACAGAUGUAGGUUGGUUUCCCCCUUGUUGUCACUGUUGUCUUAUUUUUAUUAUCAUUUGAAAGGAGCACAAAUCAGCAUAAAUUUUCAUGGACAGUUGUUAGUUAAUAAGGGUAUAUUUUGAUGUGAUUAUUUGAUUGUAAUUUAAUUUCGAUUAUGUUUCCGUAAAAGCUCAUUGAGAACAAUAAAUUUGUUAGAAAGAAAUGCCAUGACUACUUGUGUUGCAUGUGAUAACGCUGAUUUAUAUAUGGAAUAUUGAUUUGCGUGAUUUAUUAUAGACUUUCUUUUCAGUGAUACCGAGAAUGAGAGCUUGUUGAUCGUGUUAAGCGGUUCCAUUUUGUGCGAUACGGGAUUCAUUACAGUUUUUAUUUUUUUCGGAAAGGCUUUUUUUAAGAAAAGAAGUACAGAACCCGCAAAGAGCAAGUGCCAGAUCAUUAGUAAUUUCGCUGACGUUACGCUUGAUGAGUAAAAAUAAUUAUUUUCACUGCAAGUAAAUAUUCCGUGUCGAAUUCAAUUUAUGUGUUAAGUGUCUAUAACCUAAGUGAUAUAUAGCAACAAAAAUUGUCAUUGUUAGUAAUCUAAGCCAGUAGCGGUGAGGCCUAGUGAUUUUUAUCUGAAAGCCACAAAUGGGUAUUUGCAAUGCUGAUUCUUGGCCUAUAUCGACGUGUCUUUUCCUCGAGGCCGAUUAUUGGUCCACGAGCGGUUAAUUAUUUUUAAUUAUGUAAAUAUAUAUCGCAGGUUUUAGUCUCUUUAUGACCAUUUUAAUUGUUUUGUCUAAUAGCACAUUUGUGCUUGUCAGUACAUUGCUAUCCUUGACAAUCAGUACAUAUAACGUAAGGUAACACCAAGUAAUCAAAUAACACGCUGAAGCCGGCACAACUAUAAUAAUAAUCGUGGAGAAAUAUAAUCGGCUACACUUAAUGUUGCUUUUGAAAAAACAAAAAAAUGGCACGUGUUUAAUUUGGCGAUUGCUUGUAUAUAAAUUGUAGCGUCUAAGUAAAGGUAUUCUGCACAAACAUGAGUGUAAACACGGGCAACAGUAGGCUAUAAUGUUACUGAGGUUCCGUGUAAUCAACAGAUAUUAAAGUUACUGUAGGCACGCUUAUCUUUUUCUCCCGUUAAAAAACAGAUUGAAACUUUAAAAUACCGUCGUACAAUUACUGUUUCUUUAUAAACCGGUUGUCGGACAUCUUAACUAUAUGCUCAUUUCUUUUUUAUUUCAAAACAUAUUUUCUAUAUUUAAAUUCUAAAAUCUAAUGUAUUUAUAAAGUAGGAUGAAGUCCGGAGUGAUUCUACGCCCUGCCGUUGUUACAGUAUUCUCUUUGUAAAUAUAUGUACGGUGUGAUACAGUCCAGUCGAAGAUACAUGCAAUAAUAGUGACUGUCUGGCUAUUUUAUGGCAUAUCCGACCUUGGCAGAGAUGAAACACAGCGUUUAAUGUUUGUAAUUAUAUCUUUAGGCGAGGAUGCAGCGAUAAAUGUGACGUCACUGGAAGGUUUGAAUGAAACCUCUAAACUGUGGGGUUAAAUAAUCGACAAGACAGAAAAAAGACAGGGACGAUGUAAAUAAUUUAGAUAUUUACUUCUUAAGCUGAAAAUACUGUAAUUAGGCCUAUACAAAAUAAUGAUGUUGAUCCUUUUAAUAUUCUAAAUCUUAGUGUAAAAUAUG